CCCUGGAUGAUGCAUCGUCCCUGCCAAUGCUUGCCUCUGGAAAACGUCAACACAAUAUCAUGAGAUUUGGGAAGAGGCCUUCAGUUGAAAAGAGGGAAGAUCCCCGUCACAGAUUCCUGUUCAUGGGAAAACGAGAAGAUGACAGCCUGCUUCAUUUCUUACAGGGGGAUGACAACUCUUACAAGAGGGGUCACACUAUCAUGAGAUUCGGAAAGAGGAGAAUUCCUCAGGAGACACACAAUUUUAUGCGAUUCGGCAGGAGGGAGGGAGAGAAAAAUCCAGGACAUUCCAUGAUGUAUUUCGGUAAAAGAGCUGCUGAUGGUCACAACAUGAUGUACUUCGGAAAAAGAGCAGGACAUUCCAUGAUGUACUUCGGCAAGCGAGAAAACGAUAAUGGUACAAUCAAUAUUCCAGAUAUACCUCUCCCGAAACUAGGAGUCGCAGAAUAA